UCGUCGCGCGGUGGGCAGGGCGCGAAGGGUGAUGAACGGGUUGUGUCGCGUGAGGGGGGUAUAUUUAGCUGCGACGAGGGCGGCGUUUGGUUUGGAGGAUGAGGGUUGAAACGGUCGAUCUGUUCAUUUGGAACGCGAUGCGCGAUGGAGUGUAUUCUGGGGUCUGCGAGGUACUAUUGUACAGAGACGCUGGAUGCUUUGCUGCGCCGAUGCGAUGCGAUGCGACGCGACGCGCACGGCACGCUCGAGUCUUCGCCGUCCGGUCCCGUUCGGGAAACAAAACCCAACCCACAGAACCGACUUUCUUUUCGCUCAGUAUCUCAAAAAACCUCGUCCAAUCACCCUCCAAACAUUUCCCGCCUCCGCUAGCGCUCCCGCAUUUCACAAAAACCUCCCAGGCACGAGGCGUCAUUGGUAUGUCCCGCAGCACCUGAAACGAGCCGCCAGGUACCGCCAGAUACAUUGCGUCCAAUCAUCUUCGAAAUGUGACCGUUUCAAGAUCCCAACGCUCCCCCAAACAUCAGUUUGCUGGUGCCAGCAAAGCAUUCUUAAAUCUCCACAACUGCUGCCGGCUGCGCGGCGUCGGGCCAAGGCUGGACACGUUUCUCGAAGGAGAAAAGAGUCCGCCAGAGUUGUGGUUCAACUUUGAAGCGAUGGCGCAAUGCCCCCCAAAAGGACGAGGCAUAUCAUGCAAUCCGAUUGCUAAUCUACCAGACACCUCAUAUAUGCUCAUUAAGCCGGAGGAGAAUAUCAACAGCUGAAAGGGAUAUACGCCAAGAGGG